GUUGUCGGUUUCCAGUUGGCAGUUACCAACUGUGCAUAAUCAUACCAAUUGCAAUUGCAGUGUAGCUGGCGUUUGACGUUCGUCGCAGCAGCAAUUAACAAUUUUUAACCUUGUUGUGCAUGAUGCAUGUGGCUGUGAGAGCACUCCGAUCCUCCCAUGAUCCGUCGGCGAUGAUGAUGAUGAUGAUGAUUAUAGCGAGUGGAGGUGAUGGUGGUGACGCUGAAAUGCAGAUGCUGGCGCAUAAAAAGCUGCUAAAUGUUUUCGAGUGCUCUUCUAUUUCGCAAUUAAAUCGAUUUCAGUUUCGAUGCAUUCCGUGUUUGCAAUUUGCGAGACAUCAUCGACCUCAAUUUGCAUAAUCGAUUGGUGAUUGCAGCGACUGACUGAAUGUCGUUAGGCAUUAUUAAUUAUGAAAGUGUUAUUCGACUUUCAGUGAUGGCCCCACGGAGACUAUCUUAAUUUAUAGAUCGUUGCUGCAAUCCGAUAUUCUCGUUAGCAUUUAGCGCAGCUUCACGAAACUGCGACUGCAAAUGGAUUGUGCAUUUCGCAAGUGCAUUUUCCAUAAUCUGAAAUGGCGUUCAGCACUCGGCACAUUUAAUUACUCAUUUAAAAUUAACACAAGUUCCCCAAGAGCUUGCUCAAAUGCCUCGCAUAACAUUUACCCUGUUACCCACUGCAACUGCCGACGUAGCAGCAACAUCACAAGUGCAAUCAGAGGACCGUGACUUCGUUGUUUGAUUGUUGCUGCAAAAGUGAAGGUUGAAAAAGCUGGAAAGGCGACAAUUAAUGCUCUGAUAAAGCCAAAGAAAGAUGCAACACGAGCAGCAGCAGCGGUGGAUGCAGCAACUGACGCAGCAGCAACAUGCGACAGCAGCAAUUUUCAGCCGCAAGUGCAACAUCUGCCACAGUCGCCGCGCGAAUUUCCGUUAAUAAUGUUGUCAAAGCGUUCCGAUGCGUUGAUAAGCGCUUUCGUUUUGACGCUCUAUUAUGUGGGCGUGGCCGAUGGGAACGAAGCAUCCGACUUUGUGACAAUGGGCGAUCUGCGGAGAAGCAGGCGUAUCCAGACGCAUUUCUCGCGUCCCGGUGGCAUGAUAAUGGAGGGCAUUGGAUUCCAGUACAGCAUGCGAUAUCAGCCGGGAUUCCACCUCCACAAAUUGGCCCAGCAGCAGGCGGAUGAUGGGGGAAUGGGCGGUAUGGAAAAUCCACCUGAGACGGAAGCACCAAUGCCCAUGCCCACGCCCGGAACACCACCACCUGAACCAGCUCCCACCGAGCCGGAGGAACCAGAGCCCACGAUACCCAUGCGUCCGACGACCAUUCCAGUGGAGGAACCUUCACCACAACCACCCACAAUGAUGGUGCCCACACCGAGUGCUUCACCAGGGAUGCAGCCUAGUUCUAAGCCCAGGCCAACUGGGAAGCCCUCAAUGAGUCCGCCAGUGCCGACGAUACCAUCCAGCACCAAGAGCUCCAUAAUGCAGCCCCAUCAGACCCUGAAGAACAUCCUCUUCGGCUCGCCCAUCAAGGCGAAUCUCAUCCUGAAGAAACCCAAUGCACCGCGCUCGAAGGGCAAGGGCUUUCUCAGUCUGUUCGAGGUGAUCAAGUUCCCCAACACGAAGUGCAGCGUGUCCAUGGGCGACAUCCGGAGCAUGGAGGGCGUCUGCUACCACGAGUUCGAGUGCAAGAGUCUCGGUGGGAUUCCCACCGAGAGCUGUGCCGAGGGCGUGGGCGUCUGCUGUGUGUUCGUCAAUGGAUGUGGCGAUGUCACCAGCCAGCAGAUCCUCUACUUCGAAAGUCCCAACUAUCCAAAUGCUGUGCGCGAAAUGAUGAUCUGCGUCCUAAUCAUCAAUGUGAAGAAGGGAGUGCAGCAAUUGCGGCUGGAUUUUCAAAUGUUCGAGCUAAGUCGCCCCAGCAAUGGUGAUUGUGUAGACGAUCAAUUUAUAGUCUCCGGCCACAAUACCAAUUUCCAGAUACCCAUUCUGUGUGGCAUCAACACGGGCCAGCAUAUUUAUAUCCAUGUUGGUGACUCAAACGAGGGCAAAGUGUAUCUCUCGGUCUUUAUGAAGGUAUCGGGAGGAGGACGUUCCUUCAAUAUAAAAGUCACUCAGGUGGACGACAAUUUGGCACCCAAUAAUUGUUUGCAAUAUUUCCACGAUGCUGAGGGCGUAAUAAAGUCAUUUAACUAUGAUACGGAUGGCUCAAUUGUGGAUAACCGAGAGGCUACAUAUUUUAACAAUUUGAACUAUGCCAUAUGCCUGGCCCGCUUGAAAAACGUUUGCAGUGUGGCCUAUAAUACCGAACAACUUGGCGGUGAUCAACCCGACUUUCAAAUCAUCAACAAAGAUGAAGCUGAGAACGAUUUGAUCUCCGAUGGCCAGGCGGGAGCUGGCAUCUUCAACUGUCCGGACGACUUCAUAGCCAUCAACUCCGUUCCACUUUGCGGAGAACGGUUUAACGAUGGCCGAGAGAGCGACGACUAUACCAUCCAUGCCACCGUCAGGGAUACCGCCGCGGGUCCCAUCAUCCUGCCCUUCCGUACCGAUUCCGAGUAUGUGGGUCGCGGCUUUCGCCUGCUCUACAAACAGGAACUGUGUGCCUGAGAUCCCGCUGCGAUGUGCAUGUCGAUCACUGGUUCACAAGAUGCAUAUGUUCCGCCGUCUUUGGGUCUGACUUGAAUGUUCCGUUGUUUGGCUUAGAUGCACAGUGGUAAAUCUUUACUUAUUUGUUUUUAAUUUUCUGUAAGAUAACUUAUAUGUUCUCUAUAGUUUCAAAAGAUAGUUAAUGAAACAGUUGUAAAACACUUCUCAGAUUAUAUAUUUAUUGAAUUUAACAUGCCUAUUUAUAUCUAGA